CUCUCCCCAAGUCAUAACCGCAUCACAAACACCACUACUCCCCUAGCUACCAUAUAUCUUCUUCUCAUACUAGCUAAGCUUUCAUUAGUCCUUCUUUAAUUAUUUGUCUUUGGAUCAUGGGUGUUUUCACUUUCGAGGACGAGGAAGUUUCCACUGUGGCUCCAGCUAAACUAUACAAAGCUCUUGCAAAAGACUCUGACACCAUCAUCCCAAAGGUUGUUGAGGCCAUCCAAAGUAUUGAAAUCGUUGAAGGAAAUGGAGGGCCUGGAACCAUUAAGAAGCUCACCGUUGUUGAAGGUGGCAAAAGCAUCUAUGUGCUGCACAAAGUUGAAGCAAUCGAUGAGGCUAACUUAGGAUACAACUAUAGCUUAGUUGGAGGGACAGGGUUGGAAGAUAUUUUGGAGAAAGUGUCAUUCGAGACCAAGGUGUUGCCUGGCCCAAACGGUGGAUCAGUGGGGAAGCUCGUCGUCAAAUACCAUACCAAAGGCGACGCUGUCCUAUCGGAAGAGGUGCGUGAGGGUACAAAGGCAAAGGGAACCGCACUUUUUAAGGCUGUUGAGGGCUACGUUUUGGCAAAUCCUGAUUACUAGAGUCCCAUAGACCAUAGUGAAUCAAGGACUUUUUUAAGUUUGCGUGACAAUAAAUAAGUUGGAGCUUCUGUUUAAAUAUUUGUAUUGGUCCUUAUAUAUGUAUGUGGCUUUAAUUGUUGAGUUGCCUUUGGGAGUUUGUGUUUCUGUGGAUGAAUGAUUGAGUGCUGGCUAUGUACUGCUCCCAUCCCCCUAAAAUUGAUGUGUGUUGAAGUCUUGGCACCAUCUUUUACCCUGUAAUUCAUAAUACAAUGGAAUGAAGCUUAUUUAAAAAUGAAAAUUAAUAAAGUGGUUCUUUAAUU